CAAAAACAUUGGUCUUCGUUCGUUGUCUUUUCUCUUUCUCUUAUCGACCCACCACUCUAUUUAUGUCUGUCUAUUGGUUUAUGCUUCUCAACUCUGCGCUCCCGAAGAUCGCUUUCCUUGGAUUGGACCAAUUUCAACUCUUUUUCUCUGUUAACUAACACCCAUAACUUAUCUUCACAUGAUUCAUAAGUUACAUUUUUUCUUUUAGGAAUAUCAUUGUGAAGCAAUUCAGUUACAAAAGCUUACAACAAGUACACGUUAUGGAAUCAACAUUGUUGAAUGUUAUUAAUGUCACAAGGGAUUGGUUGACAUUGGCUUUUGAUGUUCCGUUUGCACGUGCUGAUGUUUUUGGAGUGAAAAUUGGUGGACAUCUAUUGGUGGAGGGUGUUCUUUUUUUUGUUAUUCUAUUUCUUCUCACCCAGAAAAGUUAUAAGCCCCCAAAGCGGCCGUUAACUAAUAAGGAAAUUGAUGAGCUAUGUGAUGAAUGGGUUCCAGAAUCACUUAUACCUCCAAUAAUUGAAGAGGACGAAUAUGACCCUCCAGUACUCGAAAGUGCUGCAGGGCCUCAUACAAUAAUCAAGGGCAAGGAUGUUAUUAAUUUUGCUUCAGCAAAUUAUCUCGGAUUAAUGGGAGAAAAAAAGUUACUUGAUUCCUGUACAGCUUCACUUGAGAAAUAUGGCGUUGGUUCUUGUGGACCUCGUGGAUUUUAUGGAACAAUUGAUGUCCAUCUUGAUUGUGAAGCUAGAAUAGCGAAUUUUCUGGGAACUCCUGAUUCCAUAUUAUAUUCUUAUGGGCUCUCAACCAUGUUCAGUACGAUUCCAGCUUUUUCUAAGAAGGGAGACAUAAUCGUUGCUGAUGAAGGUGUCCACUGGGGAAUACAAAACGGACUUCAGCUUUCUCGAAGUACAGUCAUCUAUUUCAAGCAUAAUGACAUGGGAUCUCUGCAGAGAAUUCUAGAAAAAGUUACUUCAGAAAAUAAGAGGGCCAAGAAACUAAGGCGUUAUAUUGUUGUUGAAGCGUUGUAUCAGAAUUCUGGUGAGAUUACGCCAUUAGAUGAAAUUAUCCGUUUGAAGGAGAAAUAUAAAUUCCGAGUCUUAUUGGAUGAAAGCAACUCAAUUGGUGUGCUGGGGACUUCUGGAAGAGGUCUUACAGAGCAUUAUGGUGUUCCGGUUGACAAGAUAGACAUUAUAAGUGCUUCCAUGGGACAUGCCUUGGCCACAGAAGGAGGUUUCUGCACUGGAAGUAACAGAGUCAUUGAACAUCAACGGCUGAGUAGCUCUGGGUAUGUCUUUUCUGCUUCUUUGCCACCAUACCUUGCAACUGCUGCCAUUACUGCUAUUGACAUCUUGGAGGAAAAUCCCGACCGUGUUAGAAAUCUGAAGAACAACGUUUCUUUACUUUGGCAAGGAUUAUCAGGAAUAAAAGGUCUUGAGAUUACAAGUGACGCAAUGUCACCAAUUGUUUUCCUCCGAUUGACGAAAUCUAAAGGCUCGUCAAAGGAUGACUUGAAAAUUCUCGAGGAAAUUGCAGAUCGAGUGCUGAAGGAAGACUCUAUCUUUGUACUUACUAUCAAGAGAUCUACACUCGACAAAUGCAGAUUACCCGUGGGCAUCAAAUUAUUAGUUUCAGCUGGUCACUCUGAAGAAGAUAUCUUGAAAGCUUCUUGUGCAUUGAAGAAAGUUGCAGAAGCAGUGUGUUUUGGUCAUAAUUAGUCAAUUGUUUGGGGGGGUGCUAAUUUACUGCUUUAAUUUAUCAUUUGAAAAUGUACCAUUUGUUACUUUUUACAUUAGUUUGGAAUUUUAUUUUAUGAAUGAGUGGUGGGUAGGUUUUCAUCUUCUUUGUAUUUUUUUUUUGUUCAUUUUGAUUUUCUGCUUAAUAUGCUGGUUUUAUGGGGUUGAUUAAUUUUAAAAAUUUGGAUUACCAAAUUGGGACUCGAAAUGUAUGAUAAUUAAUUUAAGAUUGAUAAUAA